AUUUUGAAAAGUUUACAAAGUUUUUGAUUUUAAUAAAUUUAAAUUGAUUUCAACUCUUAAUUAAGCAAAAAUAACUAGUUUAUUAUGUCACUGGGUACAAAGUGGAUAUAUUUUGGAAUCUUAUAUGCUCUUUAUAUGAUGCUUUGCUUAGAUAAUUCAGAAACUGCUCAGACAAGAAAUCAAUCUAGCUACUCAAUUCGUGUUAUAUAUCAUUCACCUGAAAAUUUCUCAGUCCUUGAAGGAAAGCUGUAUUAAAUGUCCUCAAUAUUGUACAUCCUGUAUAAAUGAUGAAUAAAUUAAAAUCAUAACGUU